AUGCAUCCCGGUAAACGUAAAACACCAUCCUGGGCUUCCACCUCCCCUCAACCCGGUACCAAUGGGAGAGCGUCGAGCGUAUCUAGCGUGAAGCAGGAGGGGGAAACAGAGGGUGAUAGUAAAAGGUCUAAGCCUAAUAUACCGACGGGUGCGGAUGGAAGACCAAUCUAUUCUGCGAGUCAUGGGAUGUACAGGGAUGUCAGGACGGCUGCUCUAGACUUGUUUCAUCAGCUCAAGCGAGCAGCUACGAUGAGUUAUCAUGAUGCCUAUUUCAGAGUACAGGAAACAUCCCCUGGAUUAGAUGCUACUGCCGCAUUAGAGUUGCUCAAAGGUAUGGACAGAGUAGAUUUUAAAGAGAUCAAUAAUGUGUUUAUGUAUAUCCCAGACUUAACACUGAAUACUCUUCCUGAAAUCCGUUCGCAUAUCCGAAUCCAUUCGACCCCCACAUCCGGUAUUCCAGUGAAGACCCUUCGAGAAGCUAUGCCAAAUGGCAUCAACCCCUUGGGCGAGCUGGAGGCCAAAGGCGAAGUAUUGAUAAUGAGAGGUUUGACUGGUCAUUUCAAGGAUAUCCCUUUACCUAGAUUAGGAAGGAAGAAUUUGAAUGGGUAUUUGAUCAAUGAAGGUGGGAAUGGAAGGUGGAAGACGGUUUUUUGGGAUCAUGAGAGGGAAAAAGGAUUAGCUGGCAAAAGGGUUGAUGACGAAUUCAUCUUCUCAUGGGCAGACGUACCGAUGGCAGAGACGGAUGAUGUCACGAAGUUACUUGCUGAGCAGGAACUCACUGCGAGCUCAGCCAUACCUGCUCCUACCAAGGUUACCCAUGUCGCACCUGUCAAGAAGAAGAAGAAGACCACGAGAGCUUUGAAGAUUACCAAUACACAUAUGAAAGAGCAGGGUAUCGAUUUCUCGAAAGAUUACGAGAAACCCUCUUAG